AUCAACCUCUUAAUUUGGUCUAAAACUGGUAGUUACUUCCGUUGUCUCUGGUCAGCGGCACCGUUAGAGCAAACGGUUCACCGCCAUGGACGAAGUCAUCGCGCCGUAACACCACAUAGACAAGAAACCAAAAUGACAAAGAAGCUCACCAGUACAAAAACCUUAAUGGAGCUCGAUCUCAACUCUUUCAUCCACUCGGACUCCGAUGACGACUCAGAUUCAGUUCCUCAUCGUACGAUUGACGAAAUCCUCAACGCCUCUGAUUCCUCUACAUCAUCUUCUCCUCCCCCAUCCCCGUCAUCUAUUCACCACCAUCGUCGACCUCAGUCAGAUAUCUUCCCUUCCAAAUCCGAAUCCUUGCUCCUUCAAUACGAUGUCGUUUCGCAGGAACCGGCACAAUCUCUAAAACCACAGUCCAGUUCCUUUACUCGGGUGAACGAUCCGAUUCGAAGAGUUUCUUCUUCUUCUUCUUCCUCCUCUUCGAGACAGUUGCCGGCCCUGUUCAGUGGAGUAAGAUCGAAUGCGAAGCCGGGAGCGGCUUUGGCGGCUGCCGUGGCGGCAUCGAGGUCUGUGCCGACCCCGCAUGCAGCAGCUAUCAAGUCGAGGAGGGCAGGCAGUGGGACCGUGCAGAAGGUUCUGGAUGAUCAAGAAUUGGGCCCGAACGCGGUCGAAGAUCACGAGAUUUCUUCCUCAACUGUGGAGUCAAUUGGAGUUGUUACGGAAGCAAGCCGCUCUGUUGCUGACUACAAAUUGGGCGAUUUCCAAGGCAAGCGUGAGAGCGGAGGAGAUUUUGUGGGUGUAUAUAAGGAAGCUGAAGUGGAGGAAGUUAGAACGAGUAACAUUUGGGAUGAUGGCUUAGUGGGUACAUGUGAAUCACGAUCGAGUUCGAAAUUUGAAACGGUGAUUGCUUCUGUUUAUCCUUCCUUUGAUGUUGAUGACUCUAUGCUGGACUCAAGAGUAAUCAGUUCUGGAAAUGUUAAAAACGAAAGAGUCUCCCUUGCUUCUUCUAGUGAGAUUUCCACGUGUGCGGAUAUGAAUGAUUCUGAUAGAAUGAGUGUUUCUUCUUCUCCGUUGGAUGCUAAGGAUAGAAAUAUUGAGGAGAAUUUAACAAUAGCCGAAUUGGAUAAGGGAAAUUUGGACAAGGGUAUGAUUGAUCAUAAAAAUGACGAGGUUGGUGGUGGGGAUGGAGAUGAUGAUGAUGAUGACGAUGGGAGUUCAAUGAGUGACAUUUCAGAACUUGUAGAAGAAAGACUUGGGCAACUGGAGAGCGAGAGGAUUAAUAAAAGAGCUGAAAAGAAGUUUCAGGCAUCCAAGAAGCCACUUGAAUUGGCGGAAGAGUUGGAGAAAAAACAGGCUUCUACUGGUUUGCACUGGGAAGAGGGUGCUGCUGCUCAACCCAUGAGGCUUGAGGGUGUUAGGAGGGGUUCGACAACCUUGGGUUACUUUGACAUUGAUACCGAUAAUACCAUUACACGAACCAUUUCAUCACAGGCAUUCAGGCGAGAUCAUGGUUCCCCACAGGUUUUGACGGUUCAUCUAAAUUAUAUUGCAGUGGGGAUGUCAAAAGGAGUUAUUGUUGUUGUGCCCAGCAAAUACUCCACUCAUGGUGCUGAUAACAUGGAGUCAAAGAUGUUGUUUCUAGGUCUGCAAGCUGAAAGGUGCUAUGCUCCAGUUACUUCCAUGUGCUUCAAUCAGCAAGGUGAUUUGCUCUUAAAUUCUGCAGUUUCAUCUGGCAGCAUAGGCAGCAUGAUGGGAGGUGUUGUUGGGGGAGAUGCAGGUUGGAAACUCUUCAAUGAGGGUUCAUCUUUGAAUGAAGAAGGUGUAGUCAUAUUUGUCACCUAUCAGACUGCUCUGGUGGUAAGGCUCAGCCCCACUUUAGAAGUCUAUGCACAGCUUUCUAGGCCAGAAGGGGUUCGAAAGGGUUCCAUGCCAUGUACGGCAUGGAAAUGCGUGAUGCAAUCUUGUACUUCUUCUGCAGAAAGUGCUUCUACUGAAGCAGCAGAGAGGGUUUCUUUGCUUGCAAUUGCUUGGGAUAGGAAGGUACAGGUUGCAAAGCUGGUGAAAUCAGAGUUGAAGGUUUAUGGGAAGUGGUCCAUUGAUAGUGCGGCUAUUGGUGUGGCUUGGUUGGAUGAUCAGUUACUGGUGGUUUUAACAUUGACCGGUCAGCUCUAUUUUUUUGCAAAGGAUGGGACUGUGAUUCACCAAACAAAUUUUGGUGUAAAUGGGUCUGCAGGAGAUGAUCUUGUUGCAUAUCAUACUUACUUCACUAAUGUUUUUGGGAACCCUGAGAAAGCUUUUCACAAUUGUAUAGCUGUAAGAGGGGCUUCUAUAUACAUACUUGGAAAUAUGCAUCUUAUUGUUUCGCGUCUUCUUCCAUGGAAAGAACGAAUUCAUGUUUUGCGGAGAGCAGGUGACUGGAUGGGUGCCUUAAACAUGGCAAUGACACUUUAUGAUGGCCAAGCUCAUGGUGUCAUUGAUCUGCCUAGAGCACUGGAUGAUGUACAGGAGGCCAUAAUGCCUCAUCUUGUUGAGUUGCUUUUAUCGUAUGUAGAUGAAGUAUUUUCUUAUAUUUCAGUAGCAUUUUGCAACCAGAUUGAAAAAGUUGAAAAUGAGCCAGUGUCUAGAAGCACUUCACUGCACUCUGAAAUAAAAGAGCAAUACGCACGGGUUGUUGGUGUUGCAGUCGAAUUCUGCAUUCAUAUUAAGAGAACCAACAUCCUUUUUGAUGAAAUUUUCUCCAGAUUUUUGGCUGUUCAUCAAAGAGAAACAUUUCUGGAGCUUUUGGAGCCGUACAUUCUAAAGGACAUGCUUGGAUCUCUACCCCCUGAGAUUAUGCAAGCACUGGUGGAGCAUUAUAGCAGCAAAGGAUGGUUACAACGAGUUGAACAAUGUGUCCUUCACAUGGACAUUUCUUCCUUGGAUUUCAAUCAGGUUGUCAGGUUAUGCAGGGAGCAUGGAUUGUAUGGUGCUUUAGUAUAUCUUUUCAAUAAAGGGUUGGAUGAUUUCAGGGCACCUUUGGAAGAGCUAUUGGUUGUGUUGCGAAAUAGUCAUGGAGAAAGUGCCGUAGCCCUUGGGUACAGGAUGCUUGUUUAUCUUAAGUACUGCUUUUCAGGCCUUGCUUUCCCACCAGGACAAGGGACUCUUCCUCCCACACGCUUGCCAUCCCUUAGAACUGAACUUCUGCAAUUCCUAUUAGAGGAUUCUGAUGCCCGCAAUUCACAAGCUGCUUCGGAUUUAGUCUUUGGAGGAGCAUGCUUGAACCUGUACCAUCUCUUAAAGCUAGAUACUGAAGCUACAUUAGAUGUUCUGAGGUGUGCAUUUGUGGAAGAUGAAACCCCAAAAGCUGACUUCUCCUUUUCUGAGUCGGCUUAUGUGAAUUCAGAUGGUAAGGGAGAAAACAAGUUGAUGGCUGAAAGUCAGAAUAUUUUGGUGCAGAAGACGAUUGAUUCUCUGGUUCAUAUUGUUGAUGGAGAUGUCUCUAAAAAAGUUGGAUCUACUAGCAUUGAAGACGCUGGAUCAGCAGAAGCAUGGCCUUCAAAGAAAGACCUUGGUCACCUAUUUGAGUUCAUUGCAUAUUAUGUUGCUUGUUGUAGAAGUAAUAUCUCCAAAAGGGUAUUCACUCAGAUUUUAGAGUACCUGACAUCUGAAAAUAAUUUUCCCUCAAGUGCUUCUUCCAAAAAGAGAGAGAACCAGUUAUUAGCCCUUCUGAAAGUACUGCCAGAGUUUGAUUGGGAUGGAUCUUAUGUGUUACAUCUUUGUGAGAAGGCACACUUUUACCAGGUUUGUGGCUUUAUUUACACCAUGAGACAUCAGAAUCUUUCUGCUUUGGAUAGCUAUAUGAGAGAUGUAGAUGAACCUAUUCAUGCCUUCUCUUUUAUCCACGAAAUAUUGCAACAGCUGAGUGGCAAUGAACUUGCUGCUUUUCGAUCCGCAGUUAUAUCUCGAAUUUCACAACUUGUUGACUUAAACAGAGAAUGCGCAUUCUUCCUAGUCAUCGACUGUUUUAAUGAUGAAAGUUCGGAUAUUCUAUCUGGACUUAAUUCUCAUCCAAAAAGCCUUUUCCUUUAUCUGAAGACCAUUAUUGAGGUUCACUUAUCUGGAACCCUCGACUUCUCUAAAUUAAGAAAAGAUGACGAUGUGAAUGUGGAUGAUUCUUAUAGAAGAAGGGUAAAGGAUUCAUCCAAAAGACUCAAGGCAUACUUGGAAAGGAUAUCUGACUUCCCUAAAUUCAUGCGUAAUAAUCCUGUGAAUGUGACUGAUGAUAUGAUUGAACUUUAUUUAGAGCUACUAUGCCAGUUUGAACGAGAUUCAGUUCUCAAAUUCUUGGAAACUUUUGAUAGCUACCGGGUGGAACACUGUCUACGCUUGUGCCAGGAAUAUGGAAUUGUUGAUGCAGCUGCAUUUUUAUUAGAAAGGGUUGGUGAUGUUGGGAGUGCUCUUGUACUUACACUUUCUGGUCUUGAUGACAAAUUUAUGGAGCUUGAUGCUGCUGUUUUAAGUUUGGUUUCAAACUCAAGUUUGAGUGAAUCUGCCACCAUGACGCAUCUCCCCACAGUUUUAAACUUUAAGGAGGUGAAUGACAUAUUUGAUGUGUUGCAUGCUUCUAUUGGAUUAUGUAAGCGGAAUACCCCUCGCUUGAAUCCUGAGGAGUCAGAGACUCUUUGGUUUCACUUACUUGACACGUUCUCCAAGCCAAUAAUGGGUUCAUAUGCUGAUCAAAGGAAAUCAGAAAGAGAAAGCCAUAAUGGAAUUCUUGAUAUGUCAUUAGAAUUACAAGAGGAUGAAGGGGCAUGCAUAAUUAAGUGGAGAAUCUCAAUUCCUGGUGGAGGUGUCCAUAUCUUGGAGAAAGUUGUUCUCUCAUUCAAAGAGAUUGUUGAGGAAAUGAUAGGAUAUGUCCGCCUUCCAAGUAUAAUGUCAAAACUG